UUCCUCACUCAGCUUUUCUUCUCAUUCUCCAGGAUUCUCUCCGCCUCUCCCUCUGUUUUUCACCCUGCUUUUGCUGUGCACUCUUUCCUCCCUCUCUCUCUUUCUCUCUCGCUCUUUUUCUCACUCUCACUCUCUCUCUCUGUUUUCUCUUUCUUUCUCUCACUUGUUCUGUGGUGUUUUUGUUCUCGUGGCUGGUGUGAGCUCAGCGGUUUGUUCUAAAGAAGCAUCACUGCUGCCUCCUGCCCAAGACUAGUGUAUGUGUGAGUGUGUGGAGAAACAGUGAGUGAAUCUUCGUGGAUUGGCCUGCUGUACAUGGAGACUCCCAUCUGGACAGAUAGUGGCGUGUGCAAGUCUGGAAGUCUAGCCGUGUUCAGGAACGCGGUGUGUAGUGGAUUCCUCACACAGCAGCUCUGGCAUUUGGGACUCCCAUUUCUACACACACUGGGUAACCAAGAGGGAACCAAUCCGGUGGAUGCAAUGGCUCAGUCCUACACCCCAGCGCAGUUUCCUCCUCCCCCACAGAAUGGUCUUCCUGGAGAUUUCACCACACCCCAUGGCCUUCCCACACAGGACUACACAGGACAGAGCCGAGUACCUGAACACACCCUGACUAUUUACACACCUGCACAAACACAUAGCGACCCUGCAAACAGUGACAGCAACACAACAACCAUCACCACCAACACAACAGAUGACGUGACGCAAACAGACACGCUGCCGUCCUCAGAAUCGCCGGAGAAACAGCAGCCCAAACGACUCCACGUCUCCAACAUCCCUUUCCGUUUCCGUGACCCUGACCUCAGACAGAUGUUCGGGCAAUUUGGGAAGAUUUUAGACGUGGAGAUCAUUUUUAAUGAGCGGGGAUCCAAGGGCUUUGGUUUUGUAACAUUCGAAACGAGCACAGAUGCAGACAGAGCGCGGGAGAAACUAAACGGUACAAUCGUAGAGGGACGCAAGAUCGAGGUGAACAACGCCACGGCGAGAGUCAUGACCAACAAGAAGGCAGCGAAUCCUUACUCAAACGGCUGGAAGCUGAAUCCUGUCGUGGGAGCUGUUUAUGCACCAGAACUUUACGCAGUAACAGGGUUUCCCUAUGCAACCACAGGGGCGGCAGUAGCAUACAGAGGAGCUAAUUUAAGAGGAAGAGGACGAGCUGUAUACAACACUUUUCGCACAGCUCCACCUCCUCCACCCAUCCCCGCCUAUGGAGCUGUUGUUUAUCAGGAUGGAUUUUAUGGUGCUGAGAUCUAUGGAGGCUAUGCAGCAUACAGAUAUGCCCAGCCUGCCACAGCUACUGCAUACAGCGACAGCUAUGGUAGAGUCUAUGCAACGGCAGAUCCGUACACUCACACGAUCAGCCCGGCUGCCACAUACAGCAUCGGCACAAUGUAGAAAUUGUGAAAAGAGAAAAGGAUUGCAGUGCUCGGCAGCAGAGGGCGACAGAGGAAUAGUGGAAAGACCACAGCAAGAAAGCAAAGACCAGACUGACCAAAAAGCAAAUGGGCAUUUAAAAAACGAGAGAAGGGAUUAAAAAAAAGUGAAGAUGAAAAUGGAAAAUGCAGAAGAAGAGGACAGAGCCCAUUUUCUCAAAGCUUUUUAUUUUUCUAUAUUUUUGCUGAUGCAGAAAAGUGUGUUUAAGAGAUGUAAAUAUCCAUGUAGACAUGAAGAGAAAAUGCAGUCAGAAUGCAGCUGAGAGACCAAGGCUGAGCUUUUGGCUCUGCCCACACCAUCAAUGUGAAAACGGAUCAGAGCCCCCAGACCCACACCCAAGGUCUCACAUGAAUAACAGUAAACCACUUCCUGUUCGGGGACACAAUCAGUCCAUUUCCUGUGCUGUGAUGUCACUCUGUCCUGUGCUUUUUAUCCUAUAGCACUUCCUGGAUGCAACUUCAUGCCCUUUUUUGCUACACUGACCUAAGAAAUCCUCAAAAUAAUCUUGAAGUCUUUCUAGUUGUGCUUUCACUAUGUUUAAAGAAACCCACGCACAACAAACUCUUUGAAAUGUGGAUUUGUGGAGUCUGGCUGAAACUCUUGGCAGUGUCACCAUUUCGUUGAAACAAGAAGGAGAUCAACACGGAGAUAUCAGACGUUCCUAACUCAGUCUCCCAUAAUGCAACACUGGCUCCUUCUUUUUACACAUGGCUGGCCCGUUUCCUGCCAUGCCACUUCUCCUCUGCAAAAGCUGCCCCACUCUUUUCCCCUUCUUUUCAAUGAGGGAAAAUCCUCAUCUACUUACUCUUGCUGAUGUCAUGACUCUUUUCCUGUUUGUUAGCCUCUUGUGGUGUUACGACCUGGAAAAGCUUAGAAAACUACAAAACUUACUCUAUGUUCCAGCACGGUUUAACACAGACUUAUUGACUUUCCCUUCCCUACUAAUCUUUUGCAGACAUGUGUCUACCAAGACAUCAGUCACAACAGUGAAAUGCAGAAGCACCAUUAACCGACCAUAAGAAACUAUAUAUUUGCGUUGAUAAUUACUUUUAAGUUGUAUUUCAGACCCAAAACAUGACAGAAAGAUUACCUGAUUUGGUGGCAUUUGUACAGCAUAUUCUUGUAUUUCAUUUCCAACAGAAUCACUAAUGUAGUGCUUCUUUUAGAAAUGAGAUACGAGAAUAUGCUGUACUUUACUCUUCAUGAAAUGAUGUGCAGGUAACGUUAACUUUCCAGCUUUCUAAUUAUUAGCUAACUAACUGGUCUAGAGUCAAAUUCCAAAGGAGAGUUAAAUGGAAAGCUAGUGCACUGUGUAGGGUGUACACUCCCCUGUUGUACACACCAAGUAGUGCCCUUGAUCAGGGGUUAGAGAGGGAUUUGGGAUUAACGUUGAAGCGGGUUAGUUAGUUAGAAGUUGGUUAGCUUUGGAGCUUGUGAACAGAACAACAUAGCUUACAAACAACUGAGAAGCAAUUUCUAAAGAAACCACAUUUUUACGAUGGCCUAACAAUAUCAGAUGUUUUUUUUUUCAUUUUUUUUUUUUUUUUUUUUGCUGAACCUGCUUGCAUGACUGAAUGUGGGUUUUGCCAUUACUGUCCGGUAAGUGACAUCCCUUUUGCAGUCCUGUCAUACACACACACACACACACACACACACACACACACACACAUGCAUACAAUGGCAAGAAAAAGUACAUAAACCUUUUGAAACAUCUUGAUUUUCUGCAUAAAUCUGAUCUUUAUUAACACUCAGGGGUAUUAACAGGCAAUGGAGCAGAGAUGUUAGUCAGUUGCAAUGAUGCCUUCAAAUCUUUGCCUGUCACUUGGGGUUGUUUCUUUUCCUCAUUGAUGAAUCUUGAUGUUGUGCUCUUCAGGUCAUUUGGAUGGGGCGUCCACUUUUUGGUAGAGUAGCCACAGUCCCAAAGUGUCUCCAUUUGCCUAACUGUAGACUGGGGAAUUUUUAAAGUCUUUGAGAUCACUUUGUAACCCUUUCCAGCUUUAUGUAAAUCCAUAAUUCUUGAUCAUAGAACCUCCGAAAGCUCUUUUUGGUGAGGCAUAUUUUUUUAGUGAGGAGAAAAUCCCAAAAGUUAGAAAGAUCAGAACUUUUAUUUUUUUGUUAUUAUUUUAGGCACAUUAUAUUUGUCAAUUCUCUCCACUUAGAUGAAGAUCAGAUCACAGUCUAUGGCAAAUCAAUGCAGAAAACCAUGACCUUCCAAAAGGUUCUCAUACUCUUUCUUACCACUGUAUAUACUGUACAGCUUUGGGGGAAAAAAGAGAGACCACUGCAGUAUGAUCAUUUUUCUUACAGGUGCAUGCAACUGGUGGAAUGAACAGUUUUGUUUAAUUUUGUAUGAACUGCUGACAAUAUUUCUCCUAAAUUCAAGAUAUAACUAUUGUUAUUUAGAGUGUAUACUUGACAUGACAUCACAACACAUUAAAAUAACCCAAGAUCAUGCAGUAUUUGCAGAGCUUUAAUAACUCAAAUUAAACUUAAUACAAAUAAUUUGUAAACAUAUAGUGUUAAUGCUUUGACUAAAUAACAUUAAGAAAUCAGUAUUUGGUGGAAUCACCUCCGAUUUGCUAUUACAGCUUUCAUGCGUUUUGGCUCUCCACCAGUUUUCACAUUGCUGUUGAGUAAAAAAUCAAAUGGCUCAGCUUUGCUUGAUGAUUUUUCUGGAGUAAAUUGCAGUUCUCCCCUUUUUUUUUUUUUCCAGAGCUAUAUAGUUUUAAGCACUUUCUAUUAAUUCCUCCCAGUCUUAAGUGGUCCAUGCUCUUUAAUAACCAACUUAGUAAACUUAUAAAUUUUGGCAAAUUGUUGUGACAUAAGUUGAAUUAAACACUUCAGACUGUGCCGUCCUUUGAGUGGGCAGUGGGCAUGUUUUCUCUUCCCUGUCAAUCACAAUGAAACUGAUCAGUCAGCACAUUCCUCUAAGUGGUGUGUGACUUAGCACUACUGGUAUGCUAAAGCAAUGUUUUUGGUUGGUUUUGUUUGACUCAAAUGGACAAUGUUAUUCCUAACCCUUAAGUUGGGAGUCAUCAUGUGAUGUGUGCAGGGCUAGCCCAUAGCAGAACAGCUAAUCAGGCUAAAUUGUGCUACUCAAUAGUGUGUAAAUCAAUAGAGAAAUACCAUACAGUGUUUAGACUUAAUUCCCUGGUGUGCUGAUUAAACACUAAUAUAAGUGAUUAGGUCUAAAAUAAGCACAUAAGAAAAUGAUUCAAACACAUGAAGAUCUCAAAUGCUCAGCAGGGUUUCUUUGCGACUUUAACGAAUCGGACUUGUACUGCAGUGUGAUGUCAGUGAUGCACGGUUAAAUUGGUGAAGGGAACAAGAUGAAUUGUGUUAAACAGUGCUAGAACACAGAACGGGAUUAUUCUCUUCAUUAAAACUGUAAUCCUCUGAUGUGAUGAGACUUUACCGCUGCUGUUGCUGUUUACUCUCUCUUUCAACAAACCAGGUACUUCCAGCCAGAAGCUAAGCUACACAAUUAAAAUAUAAUAAAAUAAAAU